UCGAAGUUCGAACAUCGACCAGCCGAAAUCUAGGCCUAGCACAUGCACUAGCUGAGACAUCAGGCAUUGGCACACAACAGACCAGCGAACAACCCGAAGCGCCGCCGCUAUGAAGAUUGAAGGAAUAUACAUUUAUCCUGUCAAGGCACUUCGGGCGGUCGAGCUCGAAGAGGCGCAAGUGACCAAACAUGGCUUCCACCACGACAGGCGAUUCAUGAUGCUGCACGUCCGAAAAGGCGAGGACGGCAAACCGACAUACAAGAACAUGGCCGUGGCAUAUUACCCAAAGAGCGUGCUAUUCUUCCCUAGCAUCGACACCGAAGCUGGAGUCCUCACUAUCACCUACAAGCCUCCCAACGAAGAAGAGAAAUCCCUAGACCUCCCUCUCUCACCCCACACAGACGACCUAGAAGUCGUAGACGUAAACCUCCACGGCUCCCCAACAAAAGCCUACAAAAUGCAACAACAAUACAACGACUGGCUCUCCUCCUGCUACGGCUUCGAAGUAAUCCUCACCUACCUCGGCCCCCAAUACCGUCCAGUCCUCAUGUCCUCAAGCCACAACAUCCAACGCAAACCCAACAACAACUCCAGCUCCUCCAACAACAACGCCUCCGGCUGGCUCUCCUCCAUAACCUCCACGGCCACCAAUCUCUUAACCGGAACAUCAACCUCCGACCCCCAACUCCUCACCUUCACCGACGUAGCACCCUACCUCAUAACCUCCUCCAAAUCAAUGGAAGACAUCCAUUCCCGCUUCCCAUCAACCACCGACCCCUCCUCACUCGACAUAAUAAAAUUCCGCCCCAACAUCAUCGUCUCCGGCGCCAGUGCCCCCUGGGAUGAAGACUACUGGGGUCAAAUCACCAUCAAAUCUUCCACAUCCUCCGAAGCCACCGCCAAGCCGACCAGAAUCGACUGCAUCCACAACUGCGGCCGCUGCAAAAGCAUCAAUAUUGAUUAUGCGACCGGCGAACCGGCAACAAACGAAGCAGGAGAAUUGUUGAAGAAAUUACAAAAAGAUCGAAGAAUUGAUCCGGGCGUGAAGUAUAGUCCGAUUUUCGGACGGUAUAGUUUUUUGAAUGAUGGGGAAAGUGAGGGGAAUGUGAUCAGGAAGGGGGAUGAGGUGGAGAUUAGUAAGAGGGUGGAAGAGAGGACGAAAUUUGUACGAAGGUUGUUGAUUGAAGUCGGUUUUUUUGAUUGA